GUUGGAUCCGGCCUGGAAUGUCUUGCUCCUAGUGUUAUUGUCUUAUUGACCCUUCUGAUUAGCCAUGGUCCCUGGUGUCUUAGCCUAGGCUCUUCCGUGUACGCCAGUCAUGCCCGGGUUCUCCUCCGUAGUUAGCUUGAGACUGGCCUUUCUCCUCAUUUAAUUUGUCGCUGCAGCUUAUAAAGGCUCGGCUUAUCCUUCCGUCGCAUCCGGUCCGACUGUUCCUUUAUCGAACGACCCUUGCGUGUGCUGUCCUUGUUCUUCCCCUCCCUUUAUAAUCCCUUUAUCACCCCCGGCCUCCGCCCAGACGAACGUAUGCGAUAACGGUCCGGACUCCGACGUGCGUGUCCGGCCUCUUCAGCGAAACGGCGCAACAUGGCGGCCUCAUCCUCCGCUUUGUUAAGCGCCGGGGACGGUGCCUCUUCUGCAGACCGAUCAGCCGCCCACAUGGCUACUACAACCGUCAACGUGGAGGGCAUGACGUGUGGUGCUUGCACGUCCGCCGUUGAGGGCGCCUUCAAGGGAGUGGAGGGUGCCGGUGAGGUCACCGUCAGCUUGAUGAUGGGCCGGGCUGUGGUACAUCACGACCCAACACUGCUUCCUGCGGAAAAAGUCGCCGAAAUAAUCGAGGACUCGGGCUUCGAUGCAACGAUCGUCUCUACGGAUAGUGCGUCCCUGCCAGCAAAUGGUUCCCGCGGGACCAGGGAUAAAGUGUUUCAGCUGUCAACCACGACUUUGGCGGUCGAGGGCAUGACGUGCGGUGCCUGCACCUCCGCGGUGGAAGGAGGGUUGAAGGAUACACCUGGUGUGAAUUCAGUCAAUGUCUCCUUGCUUUCAGAACGAGCUGUUGUGGAGCACGAUGCGUCUCUUAUUACGCCGGACCAGAUCGCGGAUAUUAUAGAGGAUCGUGGCUUUGGCGCUAAGGUGCUGGAAACUUCAACGGCUGAGAGCGCUAUCCGCACCUCGCUGGAGUCGCCAGGAUCUACGUCGUGUUUAAUGGUCACGACGGUGUCUAUAGAUGGUAUGACGUGCGGUGCUUGUACAUCGAGUGUACAGAAUGCCUUCAACGGGGUGGAUGGUUUAGUGCAAUUCAACAUUAGCUUGCUUGCGGAGCGUGCGAUCAUUACUCACGACCCUACUACACUUACGUCAAAAAAUAUUGUCAGCAUAAUUGACGAUGCCGGUUUCGACGCAGCGAUCAUUUCAUCGGAAGCGCAGGCGCCCUCGUCAAAGGGCAUCAGCCGUGUCACCCUUAGCCUUCACGGCAUGCGUGACGCUGCCUCGGCCUCGGCCUUGGAAGACACUCUGCUCCAAAGACCCGGCAUCUCAUCAGCUUCUGUAAACAUGGCCAACUCUCAGAUCACAUUGUCAUACGAUUCCUCUUCGACUGGUAUUCGUUCGAUUGUCGAAGCUAUUGAAGCAGCCGGAUACAAUGCGUUGCUGUCGGAGUCCGAUGACACCAAUGCACAGCUGGCAUCGCUGUCCAAAACCAAGGAAGUCCGGGAAUGGAAGCGCUCGUUUCUCUUUUCCGCCUCUUUUGCAGUCCCCGUGUUCCUGAUCAACAUGGUGCUGCCGAUGUACCUUCCGGCCCUGGACUUCGGCCGUAUCCAACUGUGUUCCGGACUCUACCUUGGCGACAUCGCCUGUCUGUUACUCACUAUUCCAGUACAAUUUGGUAUUGGAAAGCGGUUCUAUGUAGCCAGCUAUAAGUCCUUGAAACAUCGCUCUCCAACCAUGGACGUCCUUGUUAUGCUGGGCACCUCUGCUGCCUUCUUUUACAGCGUGUUCACCAUGGCUGUUUCCCUCUUCUUCAAGACUGAUAUGCGGCCAAGUACGGUGUUCGACACGAGUACGAUGCUUAUAACCUUUAUUACUCUCGGAAGAUGGCUGGAAAAUCGGGCCAAGGGCCAAACAUCGGCUGCUCUUUCCCGGCUUAUGUCUCUUGCGCCGUCGAUGACAACAAUCUACGACGACCCGAUCGCAGCGGAGAAAUUCGCAGAGGAAUGGGACUCUGCUAAUGCCAACUCGAAGGAGCAGAAGUCGUCCUCCACUAAUGAGCGAUCAGGACCUGGACACAAGAUCAUUCCAACUGAACUCAUCGAAGUAGGGGAUGUUGUGCUCCUUCAUCCCGGUGACAAGGUCUCGGCCGAUGGCAUUGUCAUUCGAGGAGAGAGCUACGUCGAUGAGAGUAUGAUUACUGGUGAAGCUCUGCCGAUCCACAAGGCCAAGGGCGGUGUUGUUAGUGCUGGUACGGUGAACGGCACGAGUUCUCUGGACUUCAAGGUUACUCGAGCUGGCAAGGACACUCAACUAAGCCAGAUCGUCAAGUUGGUCCAAGAUGCCCAGACCAGCCGGGCUCCUAUUCAACGGAUGGCUGAUGUUGUUGCCGGCUAUUUUGUUCCAGCAAUUAUCAGCCUUGGUCUGGUUACCUUCUUUGGCUGGAUGUUCAUGAGCCAUAUCUUGCCUCAUCCUCCCAAGGUCUUCUUGGCUGAAAGCAAUGGAGGAAAGUUCAUGGUCUGUCUCAAGCUUUGCAUUUCGGUCAUCGUCUUUGCUUGUCCCUGUGCUCUGGGUCUCAGCACCCCUACGGCUGUCAUGGUCGGCACUGGAGUUGGUGCCCAGCAGGGUAUCCUGGUCAAGGGUGGCGCUGUCCUGGAGGCCGCGACAAAGAUCAACCACGUGGUGUUCGAUAAGACCGGAACUUUGACCACCGGGAAAAUGAGUGUGGCUGAAGCCAAAAUUGCGCCGCAUUGGACAACAAACGACUGGCGCCGUAGACUCUGGUGGCUGAUCGUUGGUCUUGCAGAAAUGAGCAGCGAACAUCCCAUUGGGAGAGCCAUCUUCUCUGCAGCCCAGACCGAAUCCGGCCAUCCAGGAGAAUGUGGUCUGCCGGGCAGCUUGGGCGACCUCGAAGCUUGCGUUGGAAAGGGAAUCUCCGCCCUAGUCGAGCCCACGUCCAGUGCUGAGCGCGUACGUUACCGUGUCUUGGUUGGAAACCUUCCCUUUCUGCGGUCGAGGGAUGUUGCUAUCCCCGAAUCGGCCCAGGCAGAGAACUCCGAUGACCUUACCUCCAAGUCCAAGGUCCCUGCCGGUAUCACGCAGAUCCACGUCGCCAUCGAUAACCAAUACGCUGGCUCUAUCUUGCUUCGGGAUACCGUGAAAUUGACUGCACCCGCAGCAGUCGCAGCUCUGCAUCGUAUGGGAAUUACCACCUCACUUAUCACCGGUGAUACCCAUGCCACUGCCGUGUCCAUUGCCUCGGCCGUGGGGAUCCCAGUUGAGGCCGUCCACGCCUCUGUCUCUCCCUCCGAUAAGCAGUCUAUCAUCGCGUCGAUGCAAGACUCCGGUGACCGGGUAGCCAUGGUCGGCGACGGCAUUAACGACUCGCCUGCCCUCGCCACCGCAUCCGUCGGUAUCGCUCUUGCCUCAGGCACCGACGUGGCCGUCGAAGCAGCCGACAUCGUCCUUAUGCGCCCCGACGAUCUUCUCUCCGUGCCAGCCAGUCUUUCUCUAUCCCGCUCCGUCUUCAACCGCAUCAAGUUGAACCUCAUGUGGGCCUGCCUAUACAACGUCAUCGGCCUCCCCUUCGCAAUGGGUCUCUUCCUCCCAUUCGGAUUCAUGCUACCCCCCAUGGCAGCAGGUGCCGCGAUGGCCGCGUCCAGCGUCUCCGUCGUCGUGAGCAGCCUGCUCCUCAAAUUCUGGCAACGACCCGGCUGGAUGGACGCCGAGAAGCUACAAAAGGACCUCGACACCGCCAACGCCAGUUUCCAAGGCUCCCAGAAGAGCUGGUGGGAAGCCACACUCUCCGUCACCGGAUCCACCGGCGGCAGACAAUCCUCCCAAUGGGUCCGGGAUCUCGCCACAGACGCCUGGUCAUACAUGACCGGCAGGAGGACAAGAGGCUCCAACGUGGACGAGGGUCAUUAUGUUCCCCUCCAGACGGUAGAACCGGUCUGAUCUAUCUAUCUCCCGGUUAAGCAUCUUGUCAGUUUCGGAUCAGUAUUUAUUUAUACACAUGAUGGGUGUUCGGAUGUUAUGACUUACCUAAUGAUCAAUCUAAGCCCUUUUUUGUUUGCAUCUUGCGUCUUUUUU